AUGCUGUCUACGUUUCGAUCACCUCUGCUUCUCCUGGGCCUCAGCGCCACGGUGCAGGCGGGGACAAAAUACCUCGGUAUGGCCAUUUCGGGCAUCGAUUUCAACUGCGAUAUCACCGGUAUAUGUCCCUUUAAGAAUGUCGAAGUGCCACUAGCUUCUCUGGGUGGUGCAGAUAGUGCUGCCCAGAUGAAGCAUUUCGUGGACGACGAUGGCCUUAAUAUGUUCCGCUUGCCCGUCUCAUGGCAGUUCCUCCUCGACGGCGACACGAUUGGCACCUUCAACUCUGACCGGGUGCAGAACUACGACGACCUGAUGCAGGCGUGUCUCGUCACUGGCGCCUACUGCAUGAUUGACCUGCACAACUUUGCACGCUUUGAGAACAAGAUCAUCGGUCAGGGUGGCCCGUCUAACGAAGACUUUGCCGACUUCUGGACGACAGUGGCCACCAAGUACGCCAACGAGUCCAAGGUGGUCUUUGAGCUGAUGAACGAGCCGCACGACCUCGACAUCGGCCUCUGGGCGGACACGUGCCAGGCCGCCGUCACGGCGAUUCGCAAGGCCGGCGCCACGACACAGAUGAUCCUGCUGCCUGGCACCUUUUUUGACAGCGCGGCCACGUUGUCGACCGAUGGCAGUGGCGACGCCCUUUUCAAGAUCACCAACCCAGACGGUACCACAGACAAUCUGCUCUUGGACAUUCACAAGUACCUCGACAACGACAACUCGGGCUCGAAUGCUGAGUGCACAACCGACAACGUCGGAAACUUUACCGUGAUGGCCGACUACCUGCGCAAAGAGGGCCGUCUCGGUCUCAUCAGCGAGACAGGCGCAUCCUCCGACGCCAGCUGCAUGACCCGUUUCCGCGCGCAGAAUGAGUACAUCAACAAGAACUCCGAUGUCUUUGUCGGCCUCGUCGCCUGGGCCGCCGGCAACUUCGCCACGUCCUACGUGCUCAGCCUGACGCCCUCGCUAGACGACGGCAAGUACGUCGACAACGACCUCAUGAAGGAGUGCGUGCUGGCUCCGUGGAACAAUGGGACGACGACGACGAAUUCAGCAACAUCCUCGGCAUCGAAAUCGUCCUCGACGUCCACCAAGUCCUCCUCGUCAAAGUCAUCAACAUCCUCAACUACCAAAUCCACGGCCAAGUCGUCAAUGUCCACAUCUACCAUUGCCUCGACCUCGGCAACGGCCACGGCCACGGCGGCCAGCUUGCCCGAAAAUGCCGGGUCUGCCCUCGCAACCUCUACGACGGCGGCUAGCAAGAGUGGGGCGGUAGCAGUUCUGGGCAGCGCAUCUCGGCUGAUGUGCGGUCUCUUCGUCACGAUUGCCGCGGCUGCCCUUCUGUAG